CUUAUUCCUCAACAACAUCGAAGAAGGUGACAGAGGAUGGGUUUGGAAGGAGGGUGGAGGAGCACGAAGCAAUGGGGAGCAUCUCAAGUGAUGAAGGUUGCAACGCCUCGGGGUCAUCCGAUGGAGAGGGUGUCACCGGGGAGGGGGGAGGCGAACGGAUUGUCGAUGCCAAAUGGGCCGUCGGUGGAACGGGGGAUGUCACCGGCAGGUUGGCCGGCAGACGAGUUGUCGAUGUCGGGACGAGGUCCUGGGGACUAUAUUCAGGACGAGGAGGGACCCGCGCCUGCGGAAGGGGGUGACGCGGAGGUUGCGGGUGGAGGGGCCGAGGAUUGGCGUGUGAACUGUCCAGCAUUGGGGCAGUUAGUUUGUUGGUGUCCUAACUGGGCGACAACGAAAACAUCCACCCUUUGCCUGAAGGUCGAGUUGGAGGGUACGAGUGAGGAGGUCGGCGAGGGUCAUGGGGGGCUCGUGGACAAGGGCGGCCGCCAGGUCUGUGCGGCAAACGCGCUUAACGCGCGAGAUGAAAGCAAAAUCGUUGACGACGUCAAAGGGGAUUUGUUGACGAAGCGAGCGGACGUACUGUACAAAAUGGUCGGUUGGUCCGGUUUGUUGGAGCCGACAGAAUUGGUCGUUAUAGUUGUCGACCGUUUUCUAUGGGCGGAAGGUGGAGGUGAUGAGGGUGGCCCACUCAAGGAAGGUGUGAGGUCGGAGACCGGCGUAAUGGCGAUUAGACAUUUCGGUGUACCACCAACGAGCAGCGUUGUCCAUAAGUUGGCCGCCAGCGAUGGGGAGCCAGUGGAUGACGGGGAUGCCGUGGAGAGAGAAGGCUUGUUGGAGUUCGGUGACAAAGAGGAGGACAUCCUCAUGGGGUUGGCCCGAGAAGGGGUUGUCGUCUUGGGCAAGGGGGGAGGUGGAGCGACCAUGGUGGAGGUAGUGGUGGAUGAGGGUGGGGGUGUACAAGUGGACGGUGUUGGUGUGGAGGUUGAAGCGAAGGCUUGUCCGAAGGAGGGGGUGGGUUGGGGUGUGGUGCAGAGGGGUGAGGUCGUGGUGACGACCGUGAUGGCAGGAGAGUUUCCCUCGAGCGUGGUGACACGAUCGGAGAUGGCGGCCAUGGUGCUGUUGAUCGUGGCGAGGGAGGAUUUGAGGGCGGUCAACGUUUGGAGGAUAGUUGCGAGUUCGCGGGCAGUGUUGUUGACGGAGUCGGAACGAAGAUCCGACAUGUUGAUGGAAGAUUGGGCCAUGGUGGGGGAAGAGGGGGUGGAUGACGUGGCCGGAGCGGAAGUGGAGGCGGUAGCAGCGGAUGUGGUAGCGGCAGCGGUGGCGGUGGCAACGGCGUCUGCAGCGGCAGCGGCGUCAGCGGCGGUGCGUUCGGAGGUCUUGGUUGGCGUGGUGGCAUGUGGAGAUGGGGGGGACAAUUUCUAUUUACAAGAACAGAGCGUCAUCAAGUGAUUUAGCAAUGAAGGUAGCAGAGAAUC